UACAAUUCCCUAAGCCCGACACUCGAUAUCUCCAGAGUCCAACCUCUAUAAUAUAUACGUCCAGGGCUAGCACAACGAGGAGCGAGUGAGCUUUUAUUCAACUACUCAUACUUCACUCUGCGAUCUCAUCUGCCUUUUUCCUCUUCCAGCGUUGAUCAACAGCAAUGGCCCCGAUUGCCGUUGGUGAUGACUUACCCGACGGAACCUUAAGCUUCUUCGACGAAAGUGGCGCUCUCCAAAACGUAUCCGUACACUCUCUGGCCGCCGGCAAGAAGGUCAUUCUCUUCGGUGUUCCCGGUGCAUUCACUCCUACUUGCAGCACGAAGCACGUACCGGGUUUCAUUGAGAAAGAAGCUGAAUUCAAGGCUAAGGGCGUAAAUGAAAUUUUCUUACUAAGCGUCAAUGACCCCUUUGUCAUGAGGGCAUGGGCUCAAACCUACUCUGAUAACAAGAAUGUCAAGUUCCUUGCUGAUGGUGCCGCAAUAUACACCAAAACUCUUGGCCUUGAGCUUGACCUUUCAGAGAAAGGCCUGGGAAUCCGUUCUAAGAGAUUUGCUCUCGUGGUUGAUAACCUCAAGGUGAAGGUUGCAAACAUCGAAAAUGCCGGAGAGUUUGCCGUCUCCAGCGCCGAUGACAUCCUCAAGGUUCUUUGAGUUUGUGUUGUCUUGGUGACUGCUCAUACAUGUUUCCUUUAUGACUCUUUCGAUGGUUUUAAAGGUUCUUUGUUAAACAUGGAGCACUUUAUGGAAAUAAAUGAGGCGAUUCCUACU